ACAUCCUCUUCAACCCUAACCCAUUCAUUGCAUUCACCAAACAAAGCUGCCUCUGUUCUUGCCUUUUCGUUUUAUCACAAGUUUUUCUUCAUCAACAUGCUCUCUCAUCACUAGCAAUUCGCCCUCACAGAUUUCACCAACAUAAACUUUAGAUAGAUAUACGAAUUCGUUAUGGCAACAGCGGAGGCAGCUUCUGCAGGGCUUGGUCCUAGAUAUGCUCCUGAUGAUCCCACUCUUCCUCAACCGUGGAAGGGCUUGAUUGAUGGCAGCACUGGUCUGUUAUAUUAUUGGAAUCCUGAAACUAAUGUUACGCAGUAUGAAAAACCUGCUCCGAUAACCCCGGUGCCUGCGCCAGUGGCUUCAACGCCAAGCUUGGCGGCUAUACCAGGGGCUCACACAAUGCAGCCUGGUGGGAUGGCGCAGCAAUAUGGGCAAGUGCAACCCUCGCAGCAGCAGGUUGGUCACCUUGCCCAACAGCAUGGUCAAUCUGUGCCAGCAAUGCAGCAGCAGCAGCAGAGUCCGCAUUUGGCGCAGGUUGCUCAGCAGCAGCCCUCUCAGGGUGCUCAGUCUGGACAGCAGCAGAACCAACAGAUGGCACAGUCAGUGCCGCAACAUGGGUUACAUCAAGCCAGACAGCAAAUGAUGCAGCCUCAAGGGCAGCAAAUGCAUCAUCAGAUGCCGCCUCAGGCUAUCCAUUCUCAACAUUUUGGGCAAGGAACGCCUCAGGACCAUGGUUCACACAUUGUACAACCACAAGCGCAUCAGUUCACUCCCCAAAACAUGCAUUAUAUGUCAUAUCAGCCAAACGUGAUUGCAUCCAGGCAACCUAACUCCCAGCAUGUUCAGCCAAACAUGGUCUCUCCUGGGCAACCUAACUCCCAGCAGGUUCAGCAUAACAUGCAUGGUCAGCCCUUUGAAAAUCAUCAAACAGCAUUUCCAAAAGUUGAGGAAGUGGAUUUUAAAAAUGGAGGCCAGGUUGGACAUUCCCCAUCCCAGUAUUCACAAAGGAGUGCCUUGCCUGUUCAAAACAACCAAAACAUUCCUGCUGAAGGUGGUUCUGGUCAAGUGCCUAAUGUAGGUGUCACUGCUGGCCAACCACAGCAAUUCAGGGCCUUAUCAGGCAGUAUGCAACAGUCACCCUCUGCAAUGCCAUUGCAGCAGGGUGGAUCUGAUUUAUAUUACCAACAUGGUCCUAACUUUCAUAACCAGAUGAGCCCAAGAAUGAUGCAUGGUCAUCCAUCCAAUGUCCAUCCUGCUGGUGCUGGCCAAAAUAUGGGUCAUGAGGAUAAUAUGCGUGGUAGAGCAGGGAGCGAAUAUUACUAUAAUUCUAACAAAGAAAUAUCAACAAUGGGUCGUCAGCAGCCAGAUAUGACUCAAAUAUCCAUUCCGAGAAAUCAGCAGGAUAUGAGGAUUGGAAAUGCUCCUUUUCAAAAUGUAAUGCCUAGUGGAAAUGGAAGUGGUGUUGCUGGGAAUGCUAUGCAUGGCAUGUUUGCUCCUCCGAUUGGAGGACCUUCAUCUCUCUCUACUAAUUCUUUGAUGAGGCCUCCUUAUAUAGGAUCUUCUGAUGUUACUGAUCUCUCACCAGCUGAAAUUUACUGUCAGCAACAUGAAGUUACAGCAACGGGUGACAACAUUCCUCCACCUUUCAUGACAUUUGAUGCUACUGGGUUCCCUCCAGAGAUAUUGAGAGAGAUAUAUUCUGCUGGCUUCUCAAGUCCAACACCAAUACAGGCUCAAACAUGGCCUGUUGCACUACAAGGUAGAGACAUAGUAGCAAUUGCCAAGACAGGCUCUGGGAAAACACUAGGCUACUUACUACCUGCCUUUAUUCUUCUUAGACAGCGACAUAAUAAUUCUCUGAAUGGCCCCACUGUCUUGGUUUUGGCUCCAACACGCGAACUUGCGACACAGAUCCAAGAUGAGGUCAUCAAAUUUGGUCGAUCAUCACGAGUCUCUUGCACGUGCUUGUAUGGUGGAGCACCUAAAGCUCUUCAACUAAAAGAGUUAGAUCGGGGAGCAGAUAUUGUUGUUGCCACACCUGGUCGGCUCAAUGAUAUACUUGAAAUGAAGAAAAUUGACUUUGGGCAAGUAUCACUGCUUGUGCUUGAUGAGGCUGAUCGGAUGCUUGAUAUGGGUUUUGAGCCUCAAAUUCGAAAGAUUGUGAAUGAGAUUCCACCACGCAGACAAACUCUCAUGUACACAGCCACUUGGCCAAAAGAAGUAAGAAAAAUUGCUGGUGAUCUUCUUGUUAAUCCUGUCCAGGUUAACAUUGGAAGUGUAGAUGAGCUUGCUGCAAAUAAAGCUAUUACACAGUAUGUUGAGGUUGUCCCACAAAUGGAGAAACAGAGGCGUUUGGAGCAGAUCCUCAGAUCCCAGGAACGAGGUUCCAAGGUCAUAAUAUUUUGUUCCACAAAGAGGUUAUGUGAUCAGCUUGCUCGUAGUAUUGGUCGGACUUUUGGGGCUGCUGCAAUUCAUGGGGACAAGUCUCAAGGUGAAAGAGACUGGGUUUUAAGUCAGUUCCGGAGUGGGAAGUCACCAAUUCUGGUUGCCACUGAUGUUGCAGCUCGUGGGCUAGAUAUUAAGGAUAUAAGGGUGGUGAUCAAUUAUGAUUUCCCCACCGGAAUAGAGGACUAUGUGCACCGUAUAGGAAGAACUGGAAGAGCAGGUGCUACUGGAGUAUCAUAUACCUUUUUUUGUGAGCAGGACUGGAAACAUGCAGGUGAUUUAAUCAAAGUAUUGGAGGGUGCUAAUCAGCAUGUGCUUCCAGAGUUAAGACAGAUGGCUUUGCGUGGGCCACCAAACUUUGGAAAGGAACGGGGUGGGAUGAGUCGGUUUGAUUCUGGUGGUGGUGGUGGGCGUUGGGAAUCUGGUGGUCGUGGUGGCAUGAGGGAUAGUGGCUUUGGUGGUCGUGGGGGUGGCAUGAGGGAUGGUGGGUUUGGUGGGCGUGGUGGUGGGUUUGGUGGACGUGGUGGUGGCAUGAGGGAUGGCGGUUUUGGUGGACGUGGCGGCGGCUUUGGUGGUCGUGGGGGCAUGAGGGAUGGAGCUAGUGGGCAAGGUGGAAGAGGUGAUUUCUUUCCAGGUAGGGGCAACAGGGGUAGGGGAUCUGGUGGCCCUCGUGGGGGUCAUGUUGGUUGGGGUAGGGGUGAACGUGGUCUGGAUGAUCGAUACAACAUGGAUGGGCGUGGACAAGGUCGAGGACGUGGGCGAUUUGACAAUAGAAGAGAUGUUUCUUACAAAAAUAGAGGCAGAAGUCGUAGCCCUGAGAGAGUCCGAACAUGGGAUUAUAGCAGAAGUAGCAGCAGAAGUCGUAGCAGAAGUAGAAGCAGGAGCAGGAGUUGGAGCAGGGGCCGUAGUCGAAGCCGCAGCUGGUCUCGUGAUCGUAGUCGCAGCUAUAGCCGUAGUAUUAGUCCUCGACGUAGUCGCAGUCGUAGCCGUGGUCGAAGUUACAGUCGUAGUCGUAGCCGUAGCCGCAGCAGCCCCAGAUAUGAUAGGCGUGAUAGGUCAGAUCAACAACAUCCUGAUCAAAAGGAUCUUAGGUCACAGGAUGUAGGAACUUCGGAUCCAAAAAUGCCUCCCAUGUCUGCCAGCACACCAGGGAAUUCCUUUGUUGGAGCUGAGGAAGUGGAGCCCCAACCUGUAGUUGGGAGCACUGAUCUUGGUAACCCAGAAGCUGUAGCAGACCUUAGCCAUCAACCAGCUUCUGAUAUUUAGAGCCAUGAUUCGAUUCUCAAUUUUUGAAAAGGCAUUCUAACUUUUGUUUCCUGAGUGGACUGGUGGCUAUGUUAACCUUCCACUUUUGUUUUGGCUUUACAUGGUGAUGACCUGAUGCCAAGAGGUUCAUUCUCGGGUUAGUGGUGUAAGAAAUACGAGUGAACGGUCUAAUAUGAUAUACUGCAGCAUUAUUGAGUGAGAGUUGUUUAAUGGGCAUCAAAGGUUGUUAAUUCUGAUCAAUUUGUGAUGAUUCAUCCAGCUUAGAGAACAUGCAAGCCUGCUUAGUUGAAUUGGAGGGAAUUAUUUUAUUUUUAAAUGUAGUAUUAGUUGUGGAAUUGGUAUAAACAAUUGUAAUGGAAUCAAUUAUUGUUUUGUAAUAGGCUAGAGUUCAUUUUGGGGUACUA